GUUUCGAGUCGAGUUCGCAACAAUCCAAACGCCAGACGCUCCAGCUGCCAGUCAGUGACCAAAAGUGUGGUAUAGAAAUUUCCGAAAUUACCUCAAACAAAGUCCAGAAAGGACAACCUGCCAGCUAGAGAAGGGCAAAAAUAUUCCAUAUCUGCGCAACGAUAAUCCCUUGGUUGUUGUUUCGAAUUUUACGACUGUUUGGGUUCUUGCACUGUGGAUGAACUUUGCAGGCGCCUUUUGGGGUAUAAAAAACCCAUAAAUCCAUUCAGAAAUCAAGAAAACGAAACGGAAAAAUAUACACAAAGAUUGACAGCCGGAUCGGUCGAUCAUCAUCGCAGCUAUAGCUAUCUACAUAUAUAGUAGAGGUUACAAUCCCAAGCAAUUGUUGAAUCGACAGGCACUACGUUCGUUCGGUCUCUUAUAUAUGGCGACGAGUGGCUGCUGCGCAUUUCUACUCGCAUUUGUCUUUCAAAACAACAGAAUUGGCAGUGUUUCCAUUACCAGAGAGAGCAAAACUGUACCACAACCAGCAGCAAGACAGAGCUGACAGUACAAAAAAGGAAGCAGCUCAAGAAAAAUCCAAAGAAAAAAGUAACUUUCCCAACCGGAUACAGCCUCAUCAGCGAUCUACCAAAUACAUAAAUCUACCAAAGUAUUUCCACAAUGAAGGCCAACAGUCAACUGGGAAUAACCGUGUGGCUGUGUGUAAUCCUGGCCAUGAUUCAGGAGCAACCCAGCGAGGCACGCGUUCGUGAUCUGUGCACGGUGCAGCCCAGCACGAAUGGACUCUGUGUGCCCAGCACUUUGGGCAUUUACUUUGAUGUGGAGACGCAGCACUGCCGGUUUCUGGGCUGCGGCAACAAGCGGCUCUUCGGCAGCCUCGAGGACUGCGAGAAGAUCUGCAACAAUGCCAGACACGUGAAGAGACGCAAUCGAUCUGGUGGCAAUGAAGCCAUCAAUUGAAUACACGUUAAGGAUGUUUUUACUGAAACAAAAAUCUGUUUGCCUU